AUGGUUCGUCAUAAGGUGUUUCGGAACCCAUUUGGCCGUCUCUCUGCUUGCUACGCUUUUUCAAGCGCCUCCCUUCUUAUUGUAUUUCUUCUAUGGUCCGUCCCGUGGACUAUUUGGGAUGUACCGGACAACUUGCACUAUUUGAAUCUGAGGAUGGGACAAUGGAUUUUGGGUUUUUACGCGGCAGCGAUCCAUUCCAGUUUGAUCAUCGCUGUUAAUAGAUUCGUGGCAAUCUCGUUCCCGAUACAAUAUCGCACGUUUUUCACUCUUCGCACGACGUACGGUCUCAUGGCAGUGAUCGCUGCUACAUUUGUAGUCAACUGGAGCGUAACUCUAAUAAGUAAUGGUUUUCUUCGAAGUUCCCCAACGCCUUCUCGGCAUGGACUUCCAGAUGGAUGCGAUUACUUCUACAGUCAUGAUCACAUGUACUGGGCAUAUGGUAGUGAGCCGUGCGCCCAGUUUCUAUGGUAUUAUGUCGAGGUUCAAUAUAACAGCUAUGUAGCAGUAGCGGUCGCAGUGAUUGAUAGUAUUGUUAUCGUACGGUUAAGGUUGACAAAUCAGAGGAGUAUUUCGCGCAUGAAUGGAGGGCAAAGAGAAGCCGCUACACGGAACAAGAGAGAGUUCAGGUUCUUCAUGCAAUCUAUUGCCUGCUCAGGUGCUUUCCUGGUGCUGCUCGUUAUCUACUUUACGUUGGCUCCUCUUGCUACGACCGAUUUCCAAUUCUUCCUAUGCACCACGGUAGCCUGGACCUCCACUCACGCAAUUGCGGGGUAA